AGUUGUUAAGUUGACAGACGGACGAACGAACUUAUGUCAUUUUUAUAUUGCGCCUAACAAUGUAUAAAAACUUCCAAUGGAUGUAUGGAUGUAAAUUAUACAAAAUUAUUUAAUAUAAUUACGAAAAAAACUCAAAAUAUCUUACAUUAGCGCCUAUUUUUCAAAAGAAUUAACGCAUGCGCGUUGUUUUAAGUGUUAAUAGUGUCAAUUUCGCUAAUAGCUAUAGUAACAUUGAGCAGUCAUGGCGAAUCCAAGAAAAUUUAGUGAAAAAAUAGCCCUCCACAACCAUAGGGAAGCAGAAGAGACGGCAGCCUUCGAAAAAAUAAUGAGAGAAGUUAAAGAGGUCAAGGGAAAGGACGAAUCGUGUCGUUCUCGGAAAAUGCCCGGCAAUAGAGUAGAAGUACGAGGUAGGACGUUAUCUCAGAGCGGUCCGAUGAGGAAACCCCACGAAAGACGUUUGGAUACGUCCCCUUAUUAUUUAAGUCCCCCCACAGAUACGGGGUGGAGAAGAACGAAUAGCGAUUCGGCGUUACAUCAAAGUACCAUGCAGGGUUUGGAUAGAAAUAACGAUUGUUCGAAUAGAUGUUGGCCUAUACAGAUGAUGAACGGACCGGAUAGGAGACCAAAAUCCAGUUGCGAUAUACCGUCGCAAUCUCGAGUACCUGGUAUCAGUAUACACCCUUCGACGCACGAUCCCAAUUUGGGGCAAAUGCCCAUUGCGAAUACCGGUUCUCUGCCAGAUUUGACGAACGUUGAUUUUUCAUCGCCGAUACAUCCUUUGGAUCAAGAUCACGAUAGCUCUCAGUAUAGUUCUAGUCCCUUAAAUACGAGUCCCUUAAACACGAGCCCCUCAACAUUAUCACCCACGAGUAUACCAUUGAACGCUAGACCACAAAACCGAUUUCACUUCACCAAUUCCCACCCGAAUCAGUUAACAGUGCCAUUUAAUCACAGGUAUCAACAUCAACAGAAUAUACAAUUAGAUAAGAAUUUAGUAAAUAUGGUGGAUAAUUCGAAUUACGCGCAAUUACCGGGUUUGAGCGGAAUUUACCAACAACAAUGUCCCUCUACAUCCCCGUCGCCCACGUUACAGCAAACCGGUGCCUAUAGAAGUCCGAGGCCGAGUCCCCAAUCGUCGCCUAGUCCUGGUAGGCAUUCGGCUCCUUGUAGUCCCGGAGCUACUAGUCCUUUACCCAAUGAAUAUCACGUGAUCAAUCAACCGACGUCGCAGUUUCAACAACAUUUCGAACAAUUGUCAAUGUUGGACCCUCCUACCAGCAUGUCUUACGUGGACCAAUCGACAGGUGCUCAACAUCAACCGCAUUCGCCUUCUAAUAUACAAAACGCCAGCCCCAUCGGCAGUAUAGAAAUGAUGACCACCGAUGCAGGAUAUUACAGUACGUCUCCGCAACAAUUAGUGUAUCCUUCUCCUUCGCCAGGAUUGAGGACGACGCCGAAUACACCUACCAGUUUACCUGAAAUCGUACUCACAGAUUUUUCGGGUGACGAUGGUAGGACGGACAUUUUCGACGAAUCGUUAAAAGAAGGUUUGGGCACAUUAGAUUUCGACGAAUUUCAAAUGUUAACGAAUUCGUCGAUAGGCAUAUCGGAAAUAGUCGAAGACCAUUUCCGAUUAGAUCAUCGCUCAUAAUUGCGAAAACGGAAUUCACUGCCGAAUUUCUAUUCUAGCUGUUUGUGCUACUUUAGUGGAUUUUCAAAAUAUCUCCAAAUGAAACUACGUGUGAUCAGUUAUUUAGUGACUUUAUAGUGUGGCCAACCAAAAAUAAAACAAAAAAAUUACCGUCAUUGUUACUGCAAACGGAUUUUUUGAAUUUUUUUAGUUUUAUUUUUUUGUUUAAAUUGAAAAUUUUUAAAAAUAAUUACGUCUAAGAACAAAAUGAAUAUUUUUAGUGAAUUACGGGGAUGUAAAGAUGCAAAUUUUUGAACUUUUUAUUAUAUAUUUUAUUAUAUUUAUAUAAAUGUUUAUUCUUUAGGUUUUUUUUCAUUUACGAACAAUUUUUUUAUAGGAAUUUAUGAAAAAACGCACAAAUCCACUUUUUAUCACUUAUUUUUUGGAAAAAAUAUGAUUUUUCAACGAUUUUGAACCAUUUCAUAAUCAUACAUCGUGAUUCUCCCUGUAUAUUUUCGUUAGGAUUGAAAAUACACGGAAAAAAUUGGUUUUAGUGGCAAGUUCGACGAUUUUUAUAUCAUUUUAUGUUGUAUCUGUAUUUUUGACAGUUGUAAGGAUGUUUCUGUAUGUCUUUUCGUUCAAUCCUGUAUAUAUUAGUCGUUUUUCAGGUUCUGUUUCUACAAGGAGCUUUUUUUGCAUUCAAACUUGACAAUGAACUAAAUUCUAACGAAAUUUAUACUCCGUUCCCCAAAUUGAUCAAAGACGUUCCUCCAGACUGUUUUUCUUCCCCCCAAGUUGACAAAACCUCCUAAAAAAAUUGUUUUUUUGCGUCAAAACCGAAAAAAAAUCGAAAUCUACAAGAUUUUUACGAUUUUUUAAUAAUUCGUUGUAACGUGUCAUUUUUGACAGCUUUAAUGAUGUUUAUUAAAGUUUUUUCGUUCAAUCUUUUCUAUUUUCAACGUUUUUUUUUUCGAUUCUAUGUAUACAAGAAGCUUUCUGCGGAUUUAAAAUUGAUUAAGUUGACAAAAACGAAAAAAUUACGAAAUCUUCAAGAUUUUCAUGAUUUUUCCAUAAUUCUUUGUUGUAUCUUUCAAUUUUGGAAGUUUUUCUAUUCAAUAUUAUCCUUCACCCUGUAAUCCGGCCGCUACCUUCAUCCAUAGCGUAUACUUCAUAAUCGCACAAAAUUGCACAUAAAACUUAUUAUUUUUAUAUAUUCAAUUUCUUUUAGGAAUGGACAAACAAAAUGUUGAUUUUAAAAAAAAAAGCUUUUAAGAUAUUUUUUUCAAUAUAUGCAACCACAAGGCAAAUUUCGGUGCCAACCUCGUACCUUAGUUGAGUUUUUGUACCAACCUCGUACUCUAACUGACUUUUUCUGUACAAACCUCGUAUUAUAUCUGACUUUCUGUGCAAACCUCGUACUCUAGCCGAGUUUUUGUACAAACCUCGUAUUCUAAUUGAGUUUUUGUACCAACCUCGUAUUCUAUAUGACUUUUUGUACAAAAAGUCCUGCCCUAAUUGGGUUUUUGUACCAACCUCGUACUUCAAAUUACUUUGUGUACGAACCUCGUAAUCUCUUUGACUUUUUCUACUACCCUCGUAUUCUAGAUUCUAUUUUGUACCAACCUCGUAUUCUUGCUGACUUUUUGUACAAACCUCGUACUCUAACUGAGUUUUUUGUACAAAUCUCGUGUUCUAACUGACUUUUUGAGCAAACCUCGUACUCUAGCUGACUUUUUGUACGAACCUCGUAUCUUUAUUGACUUCUGUUUUACCAAUGUGAUACUCCGUAUAAUUUUUUGUACAAACCUCGUACCUCAGUUUCGCCGAAUAGGGGUGGAAACCUCCCCCCGGAAAUGCGCAAAUCACCACGUUUGCAAUAACAAUGUUUUCGACGUAAUUCGGAACAAUUAUAUCCAAAGACUGAACCGCAGUCUUCAGUUGACUGUCGUAAUAACGAAUUUUUUUUUGGAAAUUCCAAAAAUUUAUUAUAUAUAUACAUGUAUAUGGUAAAAAAUGUCAAAAUGUUUAAUUAAAUUUGAUUAGGACGUUUUUUAAUGACGUGAAAUUUUCAAAUUUGGCGCUAUAGGUUUAGCUCGAGGUGUUUGUAAAUAUAGUUGUGCAAUUUUUUCAUUUUUUUUGAUUUUUCUUUUUAAUAAAAUAGUUAAGGUCCUUUUUUCAAAAUAAAAUUAAUAUAAAUGGUG